CAGCCAACACUCACUUCAACCAACAGUCCAACUCCCGAACAAUCAACACACUAUGACCAACGUGCGCCAGAAGAGAAAGAACCGCUCCGGCUUGCCCAAGGCCAAGGCCAAGCGCACCGGUCUCCUGAAGAAUGGCCGGAAGAAGAUCAAUGUUCUGGGAAAUGCCAUCAUCGCUGAGAACUGGAACCGCGAUUUGACCCUCACACAAAACUACCGCAAUCUGGGGCUGGUGCACCGCCUGAAUGCGCCGACGGGAGGAUCCGAGAAGCGGCCCACGAAGGAGGGGGGCGUCGCGCGCGAACGGGAGGAUUCGCUGCACAUCAAGAGCAGCGCGACCGCGGUGGCACAGAAGAACGCGGCCAGCGAGAUCCGCGUCGAGCGCGACCCGGAGACCGGCAAGAUCCUGCGCGUCAUCCGGCCCGAGGACGACGACGAGAUUGAAGUGGCAGGCCGCAAGCACAAGCGCAGCAACCCGCUGAACGACCCGCUGAAUGAUCUGUCGGACGACGAGGAGGCGGAGGGUGAUAAGGCGAUGAGUGCGCAACAGAAGCAGAAGGCCGACAGCGAGAUCGUCCGGCAGCUCGAGCUCCAGGCCGACCUGGAGAGCCGCAAGGUCGCCGCCAAGAAGCCCCGCCACCAAAGCAAGAGAGAGGAGGAGUGGAUUCUGCGACUGGUGGAGAAGCACGGCGACAACUACGCCGCCAUGGCGCGGGACCGGAGAUUGAACCCGAUGCAGCAGACCGCGGGCGAUCUGAAGCGGAGAAUCACCAAGUGGGAGAAGAACCGGUCAUGAUUUGGGUGCCCUGAUAUAAAACAAAUCUCUUUGCAUUUUGGCGAGAAUGGCGUUGAGUUUCCUCUUAUUUCUUCUUCGGAUUUCUUUGUUGGGCUAAAAGUGUCUGUGUCUGUCUUGGGUCAUAUGAACAAUGUCCGGCCCUACUUACUUCGCGGGAUACCAAUUUAGUUGGGAUGAAAAUGAUCGAUUCUGGCUGGAGCCACGUCUAUUGCACAGUACAUAGACGAUCAGAGCAGUGGUCCGCCUACAGUAUCAAUGAACAAAGGUGCUACUAGAGUC